ACGCGACAGAGUAGCCGAGUCGAUCGCCCUUAACCACUUCGCUACCUUGCUCUCUCCACCCAAUGGCAUCGAAGCUCCGAUACCCCCUCCCAUGGCGGAUCAAACCCUGCUCCCCUACCAACCGAUCCCUCCUCUUCGAUCGAUCCCAUCUCCAUCUCCUCCUCCUCCUCCUCCUCGCCUCUCUCGUCCUCUCUUCCGCAUCGCAACACGCGCACGAGUUUUGCUCGAUCGGUGAUGAUUCUGGAUGCGGAUCGUCCUCUACGAAGCUCUUGAUCAAGGGAGGGACCGUGGUGAACGCGCAUCACAAGGAAGUGGCGGAUGUGUACGUCGAGGAUGGAAUCAUCGCUUCGAUCGGGCCCAAUAUUGUGGUUGGUGAUGAGGUAAAUAUAAUCGAUGCGACUGGGAAGUAUGUCAUGCCAGGUGGAAUUGACCCUCACACUCACUUAGAGAUGGAUUUCAUGGAAACCGCGACAAUAGAUGACUUUUUCACUGGUCAGGCUGCAGCAUUGGCAGGGGGGACUACAAUGCAUAUUGACUUCGUCAUACCAAUAAAUGGAGACCUAUCUGCAGGUUUUGAAUCUUAUGUGAGUAAAGCGAAAAAAUCAGUGAUGGAUUAUGGUUUCCAUAUGGCUAUCACAAAAUGGGAUGAAGCUGUUUCUAAGGACAUGGAAGUCAUGGUUAAGGAACAUGGGAUCAAUUCUUUCAAGUUCUUCAUGGCAUACAAAGGGGCAUUGAUGAUCAAUGAUGAGCUUUUGCUUCACGGCUUGGAGAGGUGCAAGUCUCUUGGCGCGUUGGCGAUGGUUCAUGCAGAAAAUGGAGAUGCUGUUGCUGAAGGACAAAAACGAAUGAUUGAUCUUGGAAUAACAGGUCCCGAGGGACAUGCUCUUUCAAGGCCUCCCAUUCUGGAAGCAGAAGCCACUGCAAGAGCUAUUCGAUUAGCAGGUUUUGUCAACACACCAUUAUAUGUUGUUCAUGUGAUGAGCAUUGAUGCCAUGGAAGAGAUUGCCAAAGCUAAGAAAUCAGGGCAAAGGGUCAUCGGUGAACCAGUAGUUUCUGGGUUGGUCCUUGAUGAUUCUUGGCUUUGGCACCCUGACUUCACUACUGCUGCAAAGUAUGUGAUGAGCCCCCCUAUAAGGAAGGCUGGACAUGGUGAAGUCCUCAAAGCUGCCCUUUCAGCUGGAAUUUUACAGCUUGUAGGAACUGAUCACUGCACAUUCAAUUCAACCCAAAAAGCUCUUGGUUUCGAUGAUUUCCGGAAAAUUCCAAAUGGUGUCAAUGGCAUAGAGGAGAGGAUGCAUUUAAUUUGGGAUACAAUGGUGGAAACUGGUCUAAUAAGUGUUACUGAUUACGUGAGAAUAACAAGCACAGAAUGUGCUAGAAUAUUCAAUAUAUAUCCACAGAAAGGAGCAAUACUAGAAGGAUCGGAUGCUGAUUUAAUUAUCCUAAAUCCUAAUGCAAGCUUCAGGGUAACUUCUGCUUCUCAUCAUUCAAGAUCAGACACAAAUGUUUACGAGGGAAGAACUGGAAAGGGAAAAGUUGAAGUGACAAUUUCGAGAGGUAGAGUUGUGUGGGAGGAUGAUACACUGAAGGUUACACCCGGUUUGGGGCGGUACAUCAAAAUGAAGCCUUUCAGUUAUCUCUUUGAUGGUAUUGAGAAGGCCGAUGCUGCGUACUUGGCUUCUCUCAGUGCUCCUGUUCAGCGGAGCAGAGCUUCAUCUUGAGGUAUCUACUAUGUUCAUGCUGCAAACACGAAAUAUAGAAAAUAAUAUUAGAGUUUGCUGAAGAAAAGAUGAUAAUUUCAGUUAACUAAUAGGUUAAUAUAAAGAGAUCGGGGUUGUAGAUUAUGUAAUCUUUGUUCAGCUUCUUAAGAUGCUUGUAUAUUUCAUAAACAGUAGACUUAAUUACAUAUGCAGUAUGUAAAUAAGCACACUUGUCACCUACAAAGAUGAUAUGGGUUAAGCUUAGUUGUUUUGAGGUAUGUUUUUCUCCUUUCAAA